GCCCUCUGUCGGCGGCGUGGGGCAGCGGUGGCGGCAGGAAGCGGCAGCCGCGUCGACGUCGACCAAGACUGGAGCGACGUUUAAAGAAGGAGCCGAAUCGCCGCUGAGUCUGGCUUCUGGUUGUUGGAGGACUCCCACCCUUCCGCGCGGCCCGACGGCGAGAGGCGGCGGCGCCGGGAAGCAGCAUCUGUUGACUUCAUCUGGCACUCUGUUUAACAUUCCACCUCUGGAGAUUGUAAGGGUAAAGAGACAUGGAGACUAGAAAACUGAUUUCUGCUACAGACAUUCAAUACUCUGGCAGUCUGCUGAACUCCUUGAAUGAGCAACGUGGCCAUGGACUCUUCUGCGAUGUCACUGUUAUUGUGGAAGACCGAAAAUUCCGAGCCCACAGGAACAUUCUUUCAGCUUCCAGUACUUACUUCCAUCAGCUCUUCUCAGUUGCUGGGCAAGUUGUUGAACUGAGCUUUAUAAGAGCAGAGAUCUUUGCAGAAAUUCUCAAUUAUAUCUAUAGUUCUAAAAUUGUUCGUGUUAGAUCAGAUUUACUUGAUGAGUUAAUUAAAUCAGGGCAGUUAUUAGGAGUUAAAUUUAUAGCAGAGCUUGGUGUUCCAUUGUCACAGGUUAAAAGCAUCUCAGGUACAGCUCAAGAUGGUAAUGCAGAAACCUUACCUCCUGGUUCUAGUGACAAGAACCUUGAAAUACAAAAAUCAAAAGAUGAAGCCCAAGAUAAUGGGGCUACUAUAAUGCCUAUUAUAACAGAGUCUUUUUCCUUAUCUGCUGAAGAUUAUGAGACAAAAAAGAUCAUUGUUACCGAUUCAGAUGAUGAUGACGAUGACGUCAUUUUCUGCUCUGAGAUUCUGCCUGCAAAGGAGACUUUACCGAGUACCAAUGCAGUGGCACAGGUCCAGCCUAACCCAGGCUCUGUUGCUAUUUCAGAUGUUGCACCUUGUGCUAGCAAUAGCUCUCCCCCUUUAACAAAUAUCACACCUACUCAGAAACUUCCUACUUCUGUGAAUCAGGCAACUCUGAGCCAAACACAAGGAAGUGAAAAAGUGCUGGUAUCUUCGGCCCCGACACAUCUGACUCCCAAUAUUAUUUUGUUAAAUCAGACACCACUUACUACACCACCAAAUGUCAGUUCUUCACUUCCAAAUCAUAUGUCUCCUUCAAUCAAUUUACUUGUGCAGAAUCAGCAGCCACCAAACAGUGCUGUUUUAACAGGAAACAAGGCCAAUGAAGAGGAAGAGGAGGAAAUUAUAGAUGAUGAUGAUGACACUAUUAGCUCCAGUCCAGAUUCAGCGGUCAGUAAUACCUCUUUGGUCCCACAGGCUGAUAACCCCCCAAAUACCACUUUUGAUGGAUCAUUGAUACAGAAGAUGCAAAUUCCUACACUUCUGCAAGAGCCACUUAACAAUUCUUUAAAAAUUUCAGAUAUAAUUACUAGAAACACUAAUGAUCCAGGUUUAGGAUCAAAACAUCUAAUGGAGGGUCAGAAGAUCAUUACUUUAGAUACAGCUACUGAAAUCGAAGGCUUGUCGACGGGUUGCAAGGUUUAUGCAAAUAUCGGUGAAGAUACUUAUGAUAUAGUGAUCCCUGUCAAAGAUGACCCUGACGAAGGGGAGGCCAGACUUGAGAAUGAGCUACCAAAAACAUCUAGCAGUGAGACGGCAAAUAAACGUAUGAAAGUAAAACACGAUGAUCACUAUGAGUUAAUAGUAGAUGGAAGGGUCUAUUAUAUAUGUAUUGUAUGCAAAAGGUCCUAUGUCUGUCUGACAAGCUUGCGGAGACAUUUUAACAUUCAUUCUUGGGAGAAGAAGUAUCCUUGCCGUUACUGUGAGAAGGUAUUUCCUCUUGCAGAAUAUCGCACAAAGCAUGAAAUUCAUCACACAGGGGAGCGAAGGUAUCAAUGUUUGGCCUGUGGCAAAUCUUUCAUCAACUAUCAGUUUAUGUCUUCACACAUAAAGUCAGUUCAUAGUCAAGAUCCUUCUGGAGACUCGAAGCUUUAUCGUUUACAUCCGUGCAGGUCUUUACAGAUCAGACAAUAUGCAUACCUUUCUGAUAGGUCAGGCACUAUGCCUGUGAUGAAGGAUGAUGGUGUUGGGUAUAAGGUUGAUGCUGGGAAAGAACCUCCAGUAGGGACCACAUCUACUCCUCAGAACAAGCCAAUGACCUGGGAAGAUAUUUUUAUUCAGCAGGAAAAUGAUUCAAUUUUUAAACAGAAUGUAACAGAUGGCAGUACUGAGUUUGAAUUUAUAAUACCAGAAUCUUACUGAACUUUGAAAAAUCAGAAAGUUUUGGUUUGGAUUAAGGGGCAGGGCUUUCAGAAGACCUGUAAAACAAAUUAAUUUGAUCUGCCACGUCAUCUGAAGGUAGUCUAGUUGGAUUAUUUGUUAAUAAUUUUUAGGAACAAAUUAUUCUGGAAGUGUGAAUAGAGAUUAAGAAAUCCCCCCUCCCCCAGUAUCUGUUUAUAUAGUUAGCUUUCAGCACAUUUAAAAGAGGCAAAAAAAAAAAAGCUUGGAGAGAUAGUUUCCUGAAUAGAAUCUGAAGCAGUCUGAAUGUUCUUUGAAAAUAACUGGAGUUAUUAGCAUACCCUAGUAUGUCUUGCAACUUUCCCCUUCCGUGUUAGCACUUUACUGCUGAAUUCUCAAUUUUCUUAAUAUUGAGACUAUAAAUGUGUGUUGUGUUUUGUAUAUGGCAUAAAAAGGUAACAAGAACUUCUAAAGUUGUCCUGGAAAUUUUCAGAAUGAGUCUCUGCUUGGUUGUGUAUACUGCUAGUUGAAAUAGAUAGCAACCUCCUGCCUCCCGCCCCCCCCCCCCAUGAAAAUGGCCAUGCAGACAAGUCUCUCAUUUGAAGAAUGAAUUAGUUUUACAUAAUGAGAAAUCUUACUUUUAUCGCCAUAGUCCAGAAAAGACUUUGGUGGCUGGACUACCGUAUAUAUACAGUAUAUAUAUACUUUUGCAAUGUGGUUUCCAUGGGCAAAAAUACUAAAGGAAAACAACAAAUCUCCAUAAUGCAGAUAGAAGAUGAAAAGUUCUGCCGUGUUUGUUUGGAAUUCUGUGCUUUUAACGGGAUACAGCCAGAGCAUGGAAGUGAAUGGAGAUUUCCUUUUUGCUCAGUAUGGUUAAAAAUAGUCCCAUGAAAUUUUUCGAAUUUUGAAUCUGAAAACCACCAAGUAAAUUUUUAUGUAUACAUCUUUAUAAGUGACAAAUUUCAUAAAUGAGACUCCUACAUAUUUUGGGCAGGAGGCUACUGGCAUAUAUUUUUAAAUGUUCAUAUUACUUAGAAUCUCUAAUAGGACUUUUUUUUUUUUUUGAAAUAGUUGAAUCAGUGAUCUAGUAUUGUCCUUUCAGCAAGACCAUUUAGGUUUUUACCCCUUCUAAAAUAAGUUCCAUUCCAUCUGCAAAUUGCUGCAAUAUUAUAGCGAUCAGAAGCUGUCUUUGGAAGUUAAAUAGGCUUGUUGAUUUCCCAUUUUUUCUUGAGAACAAUAAAUACCAUUUUUUCUCCCUUUUAAAAUGACACAUUUAAACACUUAGAAAAUAAAGUCAAAACUUAUUAAAGUGCUAGUAUUAAAAGGGAAGCAGGUUGGAACAAAUAUAUAGUCUAGCAUUUAUAACAGGAUUGACUUGAUGAACUUCUGUAAAUGACUUUUUGCAAAGGAAAAAAAUUAAUAGAUACUGAAAGAGAUUGUUGUGCAUAGUUAUUAGUCAUUUGUAACCUUGCUUAAGUAUUUCUUAAUUCAACAUAGAUAUUUUCUUUCUCCUUAACCAUGUAUUUUUGAAAAUAGUCUUAUUUCUUGACUUUGAACUUAAAGCUUUAAUCAUGAUUUCCCACGUAUACAUCAUUCUUCUGAUAGUGAACUAGAUGUGAAGAUAAUGGUUUCAGUGUUUAAGAUGGUAUCUGAGGGUAUCCAGCAUCAGUAUUUGCAAUAAUACAAGGAGAAAGAAAAAUAUAACCGUUUGCAUACCGAGGAUGGGAAUGAUGUGCAGCUAUGUGUUCUCUGUUCUGUGAGUUGAGACCUUCAGACCAUUUUGUAAACUAAUCCUUGGAAAAUUUUAAAUUAUCUUACAACUUAAGACUCUGAUCUCUGGAAUUAGAAUAUCUGUUUCCUUUUUGUGUAGGUAUUGGUAACAUUACUCUUUGACCAUAGGGUACAUUCUGAAAUAUUUUCAAUGGAAAUUUGUUUCAUUAAUGCUGUCCCACCAGUUAGACAUAAUUCUUCAAGUUGUGAAUGAUACUGAUGCCAGCAGAGCUUCCAGUCCUUUCAGACUUAACUGCUACAUAAAUUAGUCUGUCAUAAUAAAACUUGGUAGUUUCUACAAGGUUAUUAUGACAAACCAGGAAUUAAUUCUAUAAUGGAAAACUAUCCGUUCUGAAUUAUCUGGAUAUAAGGAUUCCCUAUUAUUUGCUGCUGCUGAGCUCUAUGUAAAUUCUGAGUAUGAAAUUUCAAACUUUGCCUACUGAAGGUAUCUUCUGGAGUUUUGGGGGAGGAAGAAAACUGGAAAAUUCACUUUAAAUUGUAUUUUUGCCAGAAGACUCUUACUUGCAUGUAUGUCAGGGUUUCAGUUUUUCUAGAAGUCUCUAUAUCCAAAGUUCAGAAUUCAUGUGAAAUACUCCUUUGGGGUUAAAACCCUUCACUCCCAGUAUUUAUGGGGUUGGAAAUCUGUAGCAAGAUGCUGUUUAAAACUUACCAUGGGCUUUUCCUAUUUUAUACUUAGCUUUCUGGUAUUUGAACUUUUUUUUCCUUUCAAGUUGGCUUCAAAUUUGCUCCUAUGCUACAUUACCUAUAGAUAUUCCGGAUAGGAACUAUUUCAAGUAGCAAUUUGUUAAAAAGAAAUGACAAAAUGAAAAUGCUCAAACUGAGCAAAGAUUUUUAAAUGCCAUAGCAAUCUUGCAAGAUUCACUUAAUAUAUUUUAAAUGAUCAUUAUCAUUUUGCUGGUAAUGAUCCCCCACAUACAACCACUAUGAAGAAUUGACGCUGCAGUUUUUCCCGUUGUACCAAAAACAAAUAGUAAAAAUGAUCAAGGUAUUUUAUAUUGUCAAGGCAUGUGGAUUCUAAAGAAUGAAAUGCUAAUUCAGCAGCACUGGCUUUCUCACCUAUGUCAGUCAUGAAACCUUGUUCAUUUCCACCCAAUACUGUAAUGUUCAUACUUGUACAAUCUUCCCUAUCAUGACUUUAAGUUCUACUUUUCAUUAACCAUUACCUGAUAUUAGUUCAUAGAGCUUCUUGUGGCAAAAAUAAAAUGUUUUAAUUCUGA